UCUCUCUUUCUGUGUGUGUGUGUGUGUGUGUGUCACAGUAGCUACUACAGCAGGGUGUUGGUAGGCGAAAUAUGGGGCUCUUUAACUAUGUCGCGAAACUAACACCGUUUAACUUGGAAGCGUUUCGCUUCUAUCAUGUCUUCGCAGUCGUGUGCAUUAUCUACAUUUCAGCAGUACUGAUUAAAUGGUCGAUUAAGAGAAAGCAGUGGAUGCGUGCCUUAGAGCAGUUUCCUGGACCUCCUGGUCACUGGCUUCUCGGACACGCCACACAGUUUAAGCAGGAUGGAACAGAUUUAGACAAGAUACCCAAAUGGGGAGAACACUAUCCAUUUGCUUUCCCAAUACAGUUUAGCCCAGAGAUUAUUUUUCUGUUUGUCCAUCAUCCAUCUUAUGUCAAGCCCAUACUGGCAACAACAGGACCAAAGGAUGAUUUUGGAUAUAGAUUUCUCAUCCCUUGGAUAGGACAAGGUUUACUUGUUACUGCUGGACAGAAAUGGUUUCGCCACAGACGACUUCUCACACCAGGCUUCCAUUAUGAUAUCUUGAAGCCUUACGUGAACAUAAUGGCAGAUUCAGCAAAGGUUAUGCUGGACAAGUGGGAAGUGUAUGCAAGAACAGGGCAGACCUUUGAACUUUUUCAGCAUGUUAGUCUGAUGACACUGGACAGCAUAAUGAAGUGUGCAUUCAGCUGCCAAAGCAGCUGUCAGACUGAGAGCAAGAACAACCCAUACAUAAAGGCAGUGUAUGAACUGUGCUACCUGGUGAACCUACGAUAUCGUGUCUUUCCAUAUCACAAUGACAUCAUCUUUCACCUGAGUCCACAUGGCUACAGAUACAGAAGAGCAUGCAAAAUUGCACACACCCAUACAGAUGAAGUCAUACGAGAGAGAAGAGAAAUUCUAAAUAAUAAUAAGAAGAACCAGGAUGAUGCUCAGAAGAAGAGAUAUUUAGACUUUCUGGAUAUUCUUCUAUGUGCUCUUGAUGAGCAGCAGCAGGGCUUGUCAGAUGAAGCCAUCCGAGCAGAGGUGGACACUUUUAUGUUUGAGGGACACGACACUACUGCCAGUGGCAUCUCCUGGAUAUUCUACAGCAUGGCCUGCAAUCCUGAACAUCAGCAAAAAUGCAGAGAGGAGAUUCAGCAAGUCCUAAUGGGAAAGGAUACUAUCGAAUGGGAGGACCUCAGUAAAAUACCAUACACCACAAUGUGCAUUAAGGAAUCCCUCCGUAUGUACCCUCCUGUUCCAGAAAUUGGACGAAUGUUGAGCAAACCUAUUACUUUUUUUGAUGGAAGAACAGCUCCUGCAGGUUGUGUUAUUGGAAUCAAUAUUUAUGGAAUUCAUCACAACCCUACAGUUUGGGAGAAUCCGAAGGUGUUUGAUCCCCUGAGAUUUCUGCCAGAAAACACUGCUAAGAGAUCACCCCAUGCCUUUGUGCCUUUCUCAGCUGGCCCAAGAAACUGCAUUGGCCAGAACUUUGCUAUGAAUGAGAUGAAAGUGGCCGUGGCUCUGACGCUGAGGAAGUAUGUUCUCAUCAAAGAUCCAGACCAUAUUCCAAAGAUGAUCCCUCGAUUAGUGCUCAGAUCUCUCAAUGGUAUACACCUCAAGAUCAAAUUAGUGGAACAUGAACUUUAAGAAGAUACAAAGAGUACAUAAUAAAUAUACAUGCAUUUUUUAAUUAUAUUUGCCAAAUUCAUGAAUUAAAUUCCAUAACUAAGUGCAUGUAAAAAACUCAUCAUACAAAUAGUAAGCAAUAUUAAUGCGCUUUUAAUAAUUCUUUUGGAUUUAAAAAAAUAGAAAGAUGAAUAAAAAAGAUGUAUAUGAAAUCACUGUUCAUGUUUUUUAACACUUCAUAGCACCUGUCUGAAAGUGUGGUGUACUGCAAUUUUUAAUGCAUGGAUGUAACAUGCAACAUAUUUUGUUUUCUGCUGCACAUAAGACAUAAAAUCAGAAAUGGAAGAGAAAAUGUACUGUGUUUUGUGAAACCAAAGCAAAAAUGAUUGCAAUGUUCUUGUAAAAAUGUUCUGACAUGCUCAGCAGGAGUGAACUGUAAAAUACUUAAAAACCAUCAUGCAUUAUUAUGUGUGGUCUUGCUGUCAUCUAGUGUCUGAAGUCAAGCAUUACAGACAUGUCAUCUCGUGUUGAAUAAUUAUUUCUAUCUAAUGAUCUAAUGGUUAUUUUUCUUUUUUUCAAUACAGUUUAUGUUUCAUAAGUACAUAUGCAGUGGAUUUUAUACAAGCAAUGCGGUGUUGAACUCUGUAUUGAUCUUUCAUGAUUCAAUGACAAAACCUGUAAAAGAAUGCUGUUGAUGAGUGAUUUAACAGUAGUAAUAUGAACUUUAAGGAAAUUUGAAAAUAAACCAUAAAAGCUCA